GAUAGAGACAGUGCCCUCUACUGGAAGUAUGGCAUAACACACGGUGCAGUAAAUGAUCAUGGCAGAUCAGCAAAAGUGUGAUUCAUGGCAGACUACAGUGAUAGUUAGCACAUCACUUCAGAAUCACGAGUCGGCUAGGCUGUUGUGCGCUCAACAGCAUCGGAUUCGGUUUUCAGAUGGUGUCGAACCUGGAUCCUUCGUUUUCCCUCUUUCAGGUACGGCCUUCAUGUUAGUGGUCCCUCAGGAGAUUCAAGAGUCACUGGAGAACACUGACCUGUAUGAGAAAAUCCAAAAGUUUGUGCAGGUGCACAGAAAUAGUUUCCUCUUGCUCCAGGCUCCCGUGUUCGGGAAGAAAGAGUGGGAUAUCAUGGCAGCUGUACAGAUCAGAUUCUUUGGCACUAACCUCCGUGUUCUUCCAGUCCACUGUAAUGCAAACAUGGUCAAGGGAAUGUUGGCUCUUGCAAAGGCCACCAGCAAGCCCCAUGUGGACACUGUGAGGGACCGCAUGUCCCUGGUUCGUGCCCACCUCAUCGAGCGCAGUCCUGUAUGGGAGCUGCUGAGGGACAUUCAGACUCAGAUGAUGGCAGUCCCCACUGGCAAUUGGACCCCUGGAGUCUGAGGCUGUUUAUUAGUGUAACAAGAUAAGGGUGAUUGAUGAGUUGAUAGUUCCUGGUUUACACUCCUUUGAGUUAGUGUCUUCAGUCCUUGCUGUUAUUUAAGAUGGAUCAUUUAUACAGGUAUACAGAAGCUGGGUGUCUGACGGCAAGUGUCAGCAAUGAUCAAAUGUGUAUUUAUAACAUAUUCAUAAGUCUUUAUAAUCAAGUUAUACCAUUUCAUUGUUCAGAGUAUUCAGUUAGUAAAGCAGUUAUUCAAUAAUUAAUGACAAGCAUGAC